AUUGGCUUUUAUGUUGUUCAUGGCGUCUGAUGAAGGGCUCAAGACAAGUCGCCGUCUGACAAACAGAUAGGCCGGUAAACUUUAACGGUUGUUGUUGUUGUUUUGGUCGUGUGUUGCAUGAUGGAAGUGGACAGUGUCAGGAUGGAGGUGGACGGUGAAAAACGUUUGGCCCAGCGCAGAUUUGACGCAGCUGUCAAAGUUAUCAAGAGUUUACCCCCGGAUGGUCCCUUUCAGCCAUCUAAUGACAUGAUGCUCAAGUUCUACAGUUAUUACAAACAAGCAACAGUGGGACUGUGCAAUAUACCCCGACCUGGCUUCUGGGACGCAGUUGGCAAAGCAAAAUGGGAUGCCUGGCAUUCUCUUGGAGAUAUGUCAAAAGAAGAAGCAAUGGCUGCCUAUGUUGAUGAAAUGAAACUGAUCCUGGAGGGCAUGCCCAUGACCGACGAGGUGGAGGAACUCCUGCGCGUCCUCGGCCCGUUUUAUGAGCUGGUGGAGGAGAAGAAGAAGAUCUCACAGAUAUCAGACCUGAGUGCAGCCCGUUUGACACAGUUUGCUAGGCAGCUGGAAGGCUUUGGUACAAUGUUGAAUUCGGUGCACUCAAAGAGUGUCACAAAGAGCAUCGUCAGAACCAUGGAAAUGAAUGGCACUCUGGAGACUCGGCCUGCCAGACUCAAAGCAAAUGAAGUGAAGGAGACGUCGGAGGAAGACGCAGAAGAGGAGGAUGAAGAGGAUGAUGAUGAUGAUGAUGAUGAUGAAGAAGAAGAUGAGGAGGAAGAGGGAGUAAAGGAGAAUGGAAAAGAUUUGACUUCAGACACAAAAUCAGCAGCUUCACAGCCAAAGAAGAAGAGUUCAACCAGGAGACACAAAGAGCCCCUGUCAAACGGCAAACUGGCGAACGGAGUCGCCCAUCUGACCAACGGGAGUCAUUCCAGAGUUGCACUGAACAGUGACCACUCCCUGGACGGUCCAGUCAGCGAGCCUCUGCUCAACGGUCACCGAGAAGAUCUCAGUGAUGAUGUUUCGGCUCCAAACCAAGUGGCCAGCGACUCGGACAGUGAAGUUUACUGCGACUCUGUGGACCAGUUUGGCCAAGACGAGAGUGCAGAUCGUAACCGCUCUCUGGAUGACCUGGAUGAAGAGGAGAGCCACGUGCUGCAGCCCCUGGAGGCGACGCAGGGAAUCCAGGAUGAAUUUUAUGCUCCAGCAGAGGUCGUCAGGUGUGGCGGAGAAGAUGGCGAUAGUGGUGGGACAAUGACACAGAGACAGGGACUGGAGGGAGAUGUGCCAGACAGCGCCGUCAGAAGAGGAGGACGAGGCUCCAGGUCUCAAGACCGUGGCUCUGGAACCAUGAUGCCCAUGCACGGUGGCGGAGAUGGGGGCCGCCGGGGAGGAGCAGGAACUCCAGGAGGAAGCCUGGACGAGCAGAUAGUAGUGGCACUGGCGAGACUGCAGGAGGACAUGCAGAGCGUCCUGGAGAGGCUUCACACCCUGGAGGUUCUGUCUGCCAGUCAGGCAAGAUCACUGGCUCUGUCUCCCACUUAUACGUCACCCCCACUGAAUAAGAGGAGUCAGAAGCCAUCCUGGUGGCCUUUUGACAUUUCUCCAACCAGUCUGGCCUUCGCUGUGAUGUGGCCGUUUGUGGUGCAGUGGCUGAUUCGUCUCAUUCUGCAGAAGAGAAGGAGACGAAUCAACUGAACCCACUUCCAUCGUCACUGUCCCCUCCCUGCUUGGACCCACAGUCCUGUAAUUUUGCUUUUGCACUAUGAAGAAAGCACCUAAACCUGAAUUUGAAGAGCAAGAGGAAGAAAGUCUCAGGACACAAGUCGUAACCGCGGGAUAAAAUGAAGAGUGAACCUGCGAUUUAACACACUUUUUUUCUCUAAGUUGAUGCCACUGUACUGGGACCGUUUUCUCUCCAUGACGUGGUUUGAGCGGAGCGCGUUGAAAGACCAACUACAGUAGUCUGUCGGUUGCUCUCGUCGUGAAGGCUUUGUUGCAAAACGAGAAGCCCGACGCUUUGUUGUUGUAAAAGCUUGAUGUGAUUAUAAAUUUUAUUAACAGUUCACUUUUCAUUAGUCGCCCAGUUAAUGCUGCUAUAAUAAUAACUGUAGUUUAGAAGCCAGGAUUGAAUGUAAUGAUAUCAAUAUUUGAGAUUUUGAUAUUAAGGAUUAAAUAUCAGGAUUAAAUAAGGAUUAAAUUAAUAUUUAUUGCUUUUACUUGUAAAGAAGGCACUACGGGAUGUUUCAGAGGGGUUUUGUGUUUGGAGCAGAGGUUGCAAAAACUUGGGACUUUUCUUUCACUUGGCCAUGUGAGUUUGAGACCCCUGGUUUAGAGUGACCCGCAGAACGUUGUUUAUGGUUCAAACGAGGUUGAUUGUGUUGAUUUUUUUUGUCAUCAACUGUCCAACAGCAGUCUGUGUGUGUGUGUGUAUGUGUGUGGUUGCUUUACAUCAUUAGUGUGAUCUAAACAUCUGAGCCUCCACAUUAUUGUCUCCAAAUAAAAAAAAAGUGCCUCAACAUCAUGGGUACAAUCAUAGGUGGCAUUAUGAUUUCAUACAUUCUCAUAUUCGGAGCAUUAUCAUGUGUAGUCCUGGACCAAAAAUCGACGGUAAUUUAACAUCCUGUUCUGGAGAUUCUCCAUCCCACAGCUUAAUUAAUGAAGUAGUCGUCAUGAAUGCUGCCAUGUUUUCUUCCUGCUAUAUGAUUUAAAUGUGUGAUGUAAAAUGUUUGUAUGAAUAUUGUGGAAAGAUUUAUCUCUUUUUGGAGCAGAUAAUCAUAACAUGUUUGCAAAGCGGUGAGAUCUAUUAAACAUUGUAUACAGUAGCUGUACAGUUCUGAUGAUUAAAAUGCAAUAUUUUAAUUGCAUUACCAUAUAUUAUUAAUGUAGACUGUAGACUCUUUGCGGAGCUGUUAAUGUUUUAAUAAUAAUAAUGACCAUGAUGAUGAAAAAAAUAAGUCAUAGUUUAACUUUCUACUGAAAUGUGCUGAGGCUUUCUCACCCUCUCUGCCUGUGGAUAGAGUGGUGUUUGCAUGUGAUAAUCCAAGCCUAAUAAAGUUUUCAUAAACUGUU